UAGUUAUCCAACAAAGUUGCAUUAAAUAGCAUUUAUACAUAUUAGUUGGGCAUCCCAUAAGAGUCUAGAAAAUCUAUUGUAUAAUCAAAAAAGGCAAUUUUCAAGAAUAGCAACUAGUCUAACUUGUUUUCUUUUUAUUAGACAAAUGGAGCUUCUGUUAUACUUGCAUAUCUCAAUUAUUGUUAUGUCCAUUGCAAUCUCAGGUUUUGAAUCAACUGAUCAGUUAACAUUACAAGACUUGAAAAGCAGAAUAACAGAUGAUCCACUUCAUGUCAUGGCCUCUUGGAAUGAUCAUUCUUCACAUUUCUGCAACUGGACUGGUGUAACAUGUAGUCCUUAUAAUGACAGAGUUAUCAAUCUUGAUUUGAGUUCACGAAAACUCGUUGGCACCAUACCGUCUUCCAUUGGCAAUCUCAGCUUCCUAACAGGUAUACAUCUUGAAAACAAUAGCUUCCAUGGUGAAAUUCCUCAAGCAAUAGGUCUCUUGCUGCAGCUUGAACAUCUCAAUCUUAGUUCAAAUUCUUUUAGUGGAAAAAUUCCGACAAAUUUAACUUACUGUAAGGAGCUUAGAGUACUUGAUUUACGAGCUAAUGAUCUUGUUGGAAAGAUUGUGGAUCAACUUAGUUCAUUGUCAAAGUUGAACUUCUUAAGACUUAAGAGCAACUCUUUCACAGGAGGAAUCCCGUAUUGGAUAGGAAAUUUUUCGUCUUUAAAGUACCUUGACAUUUCGAGUAAUAGUCUACAAGGAUCAAUACCUCAGGAUCUUGGCCGUCUAGUGAGUUUGGAAGUAUUUAAAGUGUAUGAAAAUGAAUUAUCUGGUACAAUCCCUUCGUCGAUUCUCAAUAUCUCCUCCAUAUACUAUUUCUCUGUUACUCAAAAUCAGCUGCAUGGACAACUUCCAGCAAAUAUAGGCCUCACUCUUCCAAACCUUGAAGUAUUUGCUGGUGCUGUCAACAGCUUCAUCGGAUGUAUUCCUGUUUCAUUGGCGAAUGCUUCUAGGCUUCACGUGAUUGAUUUUUCCCAAAAUGAACUUACCGGGGAUGUGCCUUAUAGUAUAGGAAAACUGAAAAGUUUGGUUAGGCUCAACUUUGAGGUCAACAAACUAGGAGGGAGGGGAAGUUCUGAGGGUUUGAAAUUUCUUGAUUUCUUAACUAAUUGUACAAAUAUGAUAGUACUAAGUUUUGCAGCCAAUUACUUUGAUGGCGAAUUGCCUUACUCGAUCGCUAAUCUUUCGACUGUACUUGAGAUACUUACUCUAGGUGACAAUAGGAUACAUGGUACUCUUCCUGCUGGAGUAGGUAGUCUUACUAAGUUGACACUACUAGGAAUGGAAAAUAACUGUCUCAACGGCAGUGUUCCUGAGACGAUAGGUAGACUUAACGGUCUGGAAGGUCUUUAUUUGAGUGGAAAUGCGUUUUCAGGGACGAUACCACUCUCUAUUGGUAACUUGACAAAGUUAAUCAGUGUAUACUUGCAAGAGAAUAGACUAGAAGGAAUCAUACCUCCAGAGUUGGGGAAAUGUAAUAUCUUGUCUGUGCUGAACCUUACUAAGAAUCAUCUUGUUGGCUCCAUACCGGAAGAGGUUGCAGGACUAUCUUCCCUUUCGAUCUCUUUAUCGUUGGCAAGUAAUUCAUUCACUGGAGCUUUGCCAAAAGAACUUGGUCAGUUGAUAAAUCUCAAGGAAUUGGAUGUUUCACAGAACAAAUUAUCAGGUGAGAUCCCAAGUACUCUAAGCAAUUGUCUCGGCUUAGAGCGAAUAAAUAUCAGUAGUAAUCUCUUUCAAGGAACUAUUCCUCAAUCUUUAACAGAUUUAAGAAGUUUAGGUGAGAUGGAUUUUUCAAGGAACAACUUGUCAGGGGAAAUACCGGAGUUUCUUGGGAAACUUCCAUAUCUCCAAAAACUUGACCUCUCAUUCAAUGAACUUGAAGGUAAGGUUCCAAAUGAAGGGAUCUUUGCAAAUACAAGCGCAUUUUCAAUCAACGGAAACAAUAGACUUUGUGGUGGUGUACCCAACUUACAUUUGCCUGAAUGCUCUAAAGCUACCAAGCAUCUUGAUUCAAGAGUACUGCUAGCUGUUAUAGUUACUCUUGCAUUAUCAGUUUUGGUGCUAUGUUCCUGUGCUGCUUAUUACAAACUCAGCAACUCAAGAAAGGCACAACCUUGGAAUGCUGAGCAACUGUUUGAGAUACCAAGAACUACAUAUCGGGCAAUACAUAGAGCGACAAAUGGAUUCUCUGAUGCUAACUUGGUUGGUAGAGGAAAUUUUGGUUCAGUAUACAAAGCACAUUUCGAUGUUGACAAUACAAUAAUGGCAGUGAAAGUGUUGAACCUACAACAAAGAGGUGCCUUGAGGAGUUUCCUGGAUGAAUGCAGAACCUUGAGUACUAUUAGGCAUCGUAAUCUUCUCAAAAUCAAGACUGCUUGUUCGAGCAUUGAUCACCAAGGUAAUGACUUCAAAUGCAUAGUUUUUGAGUUCAUGACUAACGGAAACCUACAUGAUUGGUUGCAUACAGAAAAUGAUGAUCAGCAACACCAAACAAAGAAGCUGAGUUUCAUCCAAAGACUAAACAUUGCCAUAGAUGUUGCUUCUGCACUUGACUAUCUCCACAACCACUGCCAAACACCAAUAGCUCACUGUGAUCUAAAACCAAGCAACAUACUCCUCGACGAAGACAUGUCUGCUCAUGUUGGUGACUUUGGAUUAGCAACAUUUCUCCUUGACACAUUGAGUAGCAAUUCUCAGAGUCCUCAGAGUCCUGCAGCAUUAAAGGGUUCUAUAGGUUACAUCCCAACAGAGUAUGGAUCAGGCGGUCAAGCAUCCACAUUCGGAGAUGUGUACAGCUUUGGGAUAGUGUUGCUAGAGUUAUUUAUCAGUAGAAGACCAACUGACGCGAUGUUUAACGAGAGUCUAAACAUUCACAAGUAUGUUUCAAUGGCUUUGCCUGCACAUGUCAUGGAUAUUGUAGACCCUAUAUUGCUCUUGACAGAGGAAGAACAAAACAUCAAUCAAGAUCAAGCAAGAACAAUGGAAGAAUGUUUACUCUCGGUUUUGGAAAUUGGGCUUACAUGUUCUGCAUCAUCACCAAGAGAUAGAAUGCCAAUAAUCACAGCUUUGAGCAAACUUCAAUCAAUCAAGAAGUCCUUCCUUUCAAGGAGAUUAUAAUAUGAAUCAAAUGAUGAGU